AUGCGACUCUCGUCGCCUUCGUCUUGUCCAUUCUGUGAAGUGGAUCACACAGACAAUGGCGAUUUAAAAAAUCGUAUAGUAUUUCAAGAUGAAGAAAUCAUCGUUUUUCAUGAUAUGAAACCUGCUUCAAGCAUGCAUUUGUUGGUGAUUCCUCGAAAUCAUAUACCUGCAAAUGUAAAAUCAUUAACGAUCAAGGAUAAACCUUUAUUACAACACAUGAUAAAAACCGGACGAAAUAUAUUAAAGCAAGCUAAAUACAGUCGAAAAAAUAUUCGGCUGGGUUUCCAUAUACCACCAUUUCUAACAAUCAACCACCUACAUUUACAUUGCCUCGGCCUCCCCUUUCGUAACAAACUAGUCGGUAUAAAAUACGUGAACGGAUCUCUGUGGUAUAAGAGUGCAGACAAAAUCAUGAGGAGAUUAAAUGGAUCAAAGCGUUCUAGAAAAUCGAAAAGAUUGUCUAAAAAUGAAGAAAGUGGAAGUGAUGUUGAAUCGCGGAGGGAAGUAAGCGAGAAUGGUACGGGUGUUGAAUCGCGGAGGGUAAGCGAGAAUGGUACGGGUGUUGAAUCGCGGAGGGAAGUAAGCGAGAAUUGUACGGGUGUUGACGAUGAUGGUGGGGAAGAGCAGCAACAAACACAAGGACAAUUAGAAGAAUCAAAUAGUCAUAGGGACAUUUCAUGA